AUGCCGGAGACUCUGCGUUUGUCUGACAACAGAGGGUCAACCAGGAGGCAGAGAAGAAAAGCAGCAAGACACCACGGUCAAAGAUUAAAAGAGAGGUCGGUCUUAGAAGAAAUAAAAAUGCGUGCUGGCCAAGCUCAGUGUGCAACAGCUGGACGUGAUGAAACUGUCAGUAACUGGGAGGAAGGUUACCGCUACUUUGCGAGACACAUUAACAGAUACUUUGGUGCUAGUAUCGCAGAUGACGUGGAUCGAGAUCGCUGUCAGAAAGAGCAGCUUGCUGCAGAAAACAGAGGCACUUACCAGGAUGAGUUCCCUGCACAAUCUACCCCCAAAUCUCAAAGUGUGCCUCCACAGCUGAAACAGAAAGAACAGCUCAUCCCUAAUCCCCAAGGCCUCUUCCACACCAGCAGCCACACAAUGCAUUUUGGGGAGAGCUACUCCCAGAUGGCCAAUCACAUCAACCGAUAUUUCAAGGGUGAGGGUGUCUUAGAGGAAGAAGAGGAUAUAAAUCAUGUGAAUGGGAUGGAUGCUGGAUCCACCACCACUCAGAAACGAAGGUCAAUAUCUCUCAUGGACUGUCUCAUGCACCCCACAAGUGCCAUCCCUAACCUGCUGGGUGGUUAUCUAAAACUGCAUUCCAGGACCCAGAGCAAGCGAUCCAGACCUACCUCAACACCAGUAGAGACUACGUUAAACAGAGGGGUUGUCUUGAGUCGGAGGCAGGCAGAGGAAAUGACCCAUGGGUUGAUUGGCAGUAUGGGAGCGGCCUUGUCUCCAGAUGCUCUGACUGCUCGCAUGGAGGAACUGAACGAACACCUUAUCCGCUACCCAUCAUGCAGAGCAAUAAUGUGGCAGGAGAAAAUUGCAGUUAAACUGGUGAAGCAACGGCGCAGAUAUAAAGAUGACCAUGAACUUCAGAGAGCCAUCAGAGAAACUUUGGCUCUGAUUGGCUAUGUGGAUCCAGUCAAAGGUCGUGGAAUAAGAGUGCUCUCAAUUGAUGGUGGUGGUACAAGGGGUGUGGUUCCUCUGCAGGUGUUGAAGCUGUUGGAAGCUGAAACAGGCAAAAAGAUUCACCAGCUGUUUGACUACAUCUGUGGAGUGAGUACCGGCGCUGUCCUAGCCUACAUGCUGGGCCUGUCCCGUUUCUCUCUCGAGGAGUGUGCUGACAUGUACCGCCGUUUCGGCUCGGACGUGUUCCGCCAGAACCGCCUGGUCGGUACCGUGAAGAUGGGCUGGAGUCACUCCUAUUACAACACAGAAACCUGGGAGAGGAUACUGAGAGAUAAGAUGGGUGAGCAGAUACUGAUCAGAACAGCCAGAGAUGAGAUAAGUCCCAAGGUGUCGGCAGUCAGCGCAGUAGUAAAUUGGGGAAACAGUCCGAAGGCCUUCGUCUUCCGCAACUACAACCACACUCCAGGGUCUCUGAGCCGCUAUGCAGGAGGCUCCGGAUACCAGAUGUGGCAGGCGGUACGAGCAUCGUCGGCUGCCCCGGGGUAUUUCCAGGAGUUCCCCCUACAGAGCGACAUCCACCAGGACGGAGGGAUUAUCCUCAACAACCCCUGUGCCUUGGCUGUCCACGAGAGCCGACUGUUGUGGCCCAACCAGCCUUUCCAGUGCGUUUUGUCUCUUGGCACUGGCCGCUACGACAGUGCUAAAAGGGGUCCCAUCACAUCCACCAGCUUGAGAGCAAAAAUUAGCAACUUGAUUAGCAGUGCCACAGACACCGAGGGGGUCCACACUCUGCUGGAUGACCUGCUGGCCCCGGACAUCUACUUCCGCUUCAACCCCAUGCUGAGCGCUGAGGUGUCCCUGGAUGAGAGCCGGCGAGGUGCCCUGGAUAAGCUGCAGGAAGACACCCAGAUCUACCUGGAGAGGAACCGGCUUAAGCUGGCCAGGCUGUGUAUGGUCCUGGGGGCGGAACGUUCAGCUGUCAAUCAAACUGAGGACUGGAUCAGGGAAAGGGCCUGGGAGCUGAAGCAGAGAUGGGUGUGAACAGGUAUGCGUGUGUGUAUAUAAAAAAAAUGCACAUGAAGGUGUGUGCAUGCACACACACACACACACAGGCUUGCACACUUACAAACAUGCAAAAAAAAAUUUAUAUCUGUCACACACACACAUGCAUGCAUGCACACACAUUCUCACACACUUAUAGAGACAAAUCGGGGUUCUGUUCAGCACUUAUAUUAAAGUUUGUUGUGACCCAAACCCUAUUUUCAUGCAAAAGUCUCAGUUGCUUGAGAUUGACAUGGACAUAAAGUAAAUAUGCACACAAAGGCAUGUUAACUUCAAAGAGCAAGUUUAAUUUUAUAAGUACUGUAUGAAAAAGCUGUGAUAUCACAAAUAAAACGCUAAUUCCAGCCUCUCAGAUUUUGGUUUCAAAAAUAAAAAUUCCCAUUUCAUUGACUCAAAAAUGUAAAUCCUGCUGACUAUGUUUUAUGUAAUGUAUUUAUUAACUUAUUGUCUGAACUUGAGUAGACACUUUCUUGAAAUGUGAUUCUGAAUUAGUGACCUACAUUUGAAUACGUUUAAUCUUUUGCACAUUGUCUGAAAUCUUGCACUGAAAAAAAAAAUUUGCACCUAUUGUUUUAGCAUUGUAUUUUUGUGACUAUAUAUUGAAUAAACUGGUGUCAGUUAUCAAA